ACCAGUGCGGUUUUCCCACGAGCUGCACGAGCGGAGUUGAACCGGGAUCGAAAGAUCGAGGAACCGGGAUCAGAAUCUCAGUCACGGAAAAUUAUACCACAACAAACUAAGACAAGUUCCAGCCGACUAUAAAAGUGACUGAGAGAUGGCCCUCUCUUUUCCCAUCUUUCCUCUCCCCGCCUUUGUUGCCGUACAUUAUCUACCAUGGAAUUCUCGGGUCCAGCAUUGAAUGUUGACAUCCCUAAUCUCACUGUCCCUCAGUUCGUUCUUGACUCGCCUCAUGAACUGCGGCCCCACAGGAAGAGCGAUAUACCCUGGUUCAUCGAAGAUGGCACUGGCCGUACACUCUGUCAUGCCGAGGUCCACCAACGGACGCAGGGGCUCGCAAACGCGCUAAGUCUGAGAUGGGGGCUGCCUGAGAAUGAUGUUGUCUGCAUCUUUAGCCCUAACCACAUUUAUUAUCCUAUCUCUAUUUGGGCUGUCCAUAGGUUGGGGGGUAUCAUAACACCCGCCAACCCUAGCUAUACGGUCGAUGAACUCAUCCACCAGCUACAAACUGCCAAUGCCAGUGCCAUCAUUGUUUACUCUGCUUUCCUACCCACCGCUAUGGAGGCCGCUCGCACUGUCGGCAUCCCAAAGGACCAUAUUGUAUUAAUAGAUGGUCCGGGCAACAGCACCUAUACCUCCGUCGAAAAUCUGAUGGAAUACGGCAAUAGCAAGCCAAUAAACUUUACCGAACGAAAAUUAAACCCCGGAGAAUCAAAGACGAAACUCGCAUUUCUGUCCUUCUCUAGCGGAACGACCGGAAAGGCUAAGGCUGUCGAAAUACCUCAUCGGUCUAUCGUAUCGAAUGUCUUGCAAAACACCGCUCAUAUGAGCGGCGAAAGAGAUCCUCACAAGAGGAUGACGCCCGGAGAUGUUUCGCUAGGAGUCCUACCAUUCUACCACAUCUAUGGACUUAUUGUUACACUCCAUUACGCCCUAUUCUCUGGAUUAUCUAUUGUUGUAAUCCCAAAAUUUAGCUUCAAGGGAUUCUUACGGAGCAUUCAGCGUCACCGAAUCACCCAUUUAUUUGUUGUUCCUCCACAAGUUGUACUUUUAUGCAAGUAUCCUGCUAUUGGAGAUCAUGACUUUUCGCAUGUCAAGUUUCUAAUGUGUGGAGCUGCACCAUUGUCUGGAGAUCUAUAUGUGCAGCUUGCAAAGGUUUUCCCGAAUGCCAUGAUUGGUCAAGGAUAUGGUCUCACGGAGACCGCUACAUCUGUUGUCGCAAUGGAUCCUACCAAGUUGCACGGAACGAUUGGAACUGCAGGUCAACUUUUGCCUGGCAUUGUCGCGCGCGUCGUUAAAGCAGAUGGGUCGUUGGCGCGAGAGGGCGAACAAGGAGAACUUAUCGUUACAGGACCUUCUAUGGCGCCGCGAUAUAAGAACAACGAGGAAGCGACGAAGAGUACUUUUGUUAACGGAUGGGUCCAUACUGGAGAUGAAGUUAUUAUCCGGAACAACGAGAUUUUCGUUGUAGACAGGCUCAAGGAAAUGAUGAAGGUCAGAGGGUUCCAAGUUGCGCCAGCUGAGCUUGAAGGCCAUCUUCUGCUACAUCCCUUUGUGGGGGAUUGUUGUGUGGUCCCAGUACCGGACGACUAUAGCGGUGAACUACCGUUAGCGUAUGUAGUCCUAGAACCAGGACUACGAAAGCGAAUCGGUGCAAAUCCGAAUGAGAUACACAAGGUCAAAGCCGCGCUCAUCAAGCAUGUUGCCGAUUCAAAAGUGCAGUACAAAUGGUUGGCUGGUGGCGUUGAAUUCAUCGACGCUAUCCCAAAGAAUCCAUCAGGGAAAAUACUUCGACGAGUGCUGCGUGAACAGGCUAGGAAGAGGAAAGCUGUAGAAGUACAAGCUAAACUGUAAACCCGCAUCUAUUACCACAAUUGUAUACCAGUUCCGCUACGAUAUUCCCCAUUUGGCCGAUGUCGCCGGCAUUUAUAAAAAAUUUGAA